AUGGUCCCUCCCACGGUAGAACCAUCACUGGACUCUGAAUCCACCAAAUCCUAUUUCUCACCGGUCCCGCCACAGCUCCUAGAACAGAAUGACUCGCCCGUGAUAAUGGGUAUCGAUGAAGCUGGGAGAGGGCCCGUGAUGGGACCCAUGGUCUACGCCGUAGCAUACUCCACACAGAGAUACCAAGACGAAACGGUGAUCCCCAAUUACGAGUUUGACGACUCCAAAAAGCUGACUGACCCCAUCAGAAGAAAGCUGUUUGCCAAGAUGUACGAAGACAACGAGGAACUAACCCAGAUCGGCUACGCAACCACAUGCAUCACGCCGCUAGACAUCUCGAGAGGCAUGAGCAAGUUCCCCCCAACAAGAAACUACAACCUCAACGAGCAGGCGCACGACGUGACAAUGGCUCUGAUAGAUGGCGUGACGAAGCAGAACGUCAAGCUGGAUCACGUGUACGUGGACACUGUCGGACCGCCAGCGUCCUACCAGAAGAAGCUGGAGCAGCGCUUCCCAGACAUCAAGUUCACGGUCGCCAAGAAGGCAGACUCCCUGUACUGCAUGGUCAGUGUGGCCAGUGUGGUCGCCAAAGUUACCAGAGACAUACUUGUCGAAUCCCUCAAGAGAGAUCCCGAUGAGGUCCUGGGCUCUGGCUACCCCUCCGACCCAAAGACCGUAGCCUGGCUGAGGCGCAACCAGACACGCCUCAUGGGGUGGCCUGCCAACAUGGUGAGGUUUUCGUGGCAGACGUGCCAGACCCUCUUGGACGACGUUAGUAGAGAAAGCAUCAUCAUCAAGUGGGAAGAGCAAUACAUGGACAGCAGGAAGAACGCCGCGCAGAAGACCAGGCAGCUGCAGUUGCAAAUGGUGGGAAAGCCUGCGAGGAGGAAGACGCUCAGAACCCUGGACAACUGGUACCAGUAA